GUCAGCAGCCCGCGCCUGUCCGUACAGCCACUUUCAGAUCGAGCAGCCACGAUGCUGAUGGCUCCGCUGCGGAUCGUGAGCAUCGGCCUGUGCCUGGUGGCCGUCACGCUGGCGGCACCGAGGCUGGUGAAGCGGUCCCCGCAGAGCCAGAAUGAGUUACCUGCUUCGAGCAGCAGCGACAAGUCGGAGAGGGACGCCAGGAUAGUGACGUACACCAGCGAGAACUUCCAGGAUGGCUACAGAUUUGAGUUCGACACCACGAACGGCAUAUCGCGAGAGGAGGUGGGCAAGGUCUUCAACGGGCCCUCCAACAACACGGGCGUGAUGACCACCGAGGGCCGCGUCCAGUGGAACACGCCCGAGGGCACCCGCAUCGAGAUCCUGUUCCACGCCGAUGAGAACGGCUACCAGCCGAGGGGCGUGCACCUGGUCUCCACACACUGGCAUCCAGUCGCCGAGCUUCCCGAUGCGAUCACGGACUACAAGCUGCUGCAGUCCGUCCAGCAGGAGCACGAUGAGAAGGGGGACAUCAUCUCCGAGGAGCUCAUACCAUCGGCCAUCAUCCCAGGCUCCACGUUCUGAAGUGCUGCUCCUGCCUGCCGCGCUGCUCACAACCUGUCCGCUUACGCGCAUGUAGAUGUAGGCAAGCAUGAUAACGUAAUGGGGGGCGGCAUGUCGGUGGAGACGUGAAGCCAGCAUCACGUGUGGUUUAGUCAUUGCCAUGUCCAGGAGCACAAAAUAGCUGAAGUCCAGUUGAAAAUUUUGUCGGCCAAAGGACACAGGUUAUAGUCAAAAUUUUGUCCGACCGGAAUCGGGCCACUAUUUUCGAAGCAUUUUUCCUUUCCACUCAUCUUACCAGCCCCCCAGCCGUCCUACCGACGUACAGAUACUCUUUUAGCAGGGACAAUGAGUUAUUGCCCUGCAGCCUGUUUAGUUCAUAUGUGGUAGGUGCAUCAGACUGCUUCAUGAGGAUGAAAGUCAAUGUGGCGCAACGCAAGGCAUAGCAGGGAUCAGCUGCACCCAAAUAUGUGAAGCGUUCCCGCGUGUAAAUGAUUACAACGCUUUUGUACUGUUGUGUGUUCUCGUUUUAUAUCAUACUGUGUUCUCGUUUUGCAUCGUUGUAUCUUCUCGUAUUGUACUAAUGCCUCAGAAGUCGUUAUGAAACACGUCUGUUGUGUUGUCGCGUAAAAUGUGUGAUCAGUAGAUAGCGGCAUGGUUUAAUCGUGUGUUUCACUGUUUAAAAACCGUUUCGUCGGCAGUUUUUAGUACACAUCUGCCCAACCAGAAGUGGGAUAAAAACGAAAUGUAUAGCCUUCUGCUCGGCUUGCCACAGCCCGAUGAUUGUGUGCUUCUGGAAAAAGAACCAAUAAAGCGUCCCCAGUCUCA